AUGGCUGACUCAAAUGAAAUAAAUAGCCAUCCAGUGGAGCAAAAUGAGAACGACCAGAUUACGUUAACUGGUGCUGAAUUAAAAGCGAUCAUAGACGGCGCUGUUACAGAGGCUUUGGAAAGGCAAUAUGAAGAAUACAGUGGUACUCGAAGUAGGACCCACUCUGCACCACAUUCAAAGCCCAAGACACAUUCUGAGGCUCAUAGCAAGCCUCCUCCCAAAAAGAAUGAACCCAAGAAAGAUGGUGAUGACCGUCAGUCCACCAACCAUCAAAGUGUCCCAUCUCAACAAUUAGUACUGCAUCAAGAACCCCGUAACAAAGGUUGCACCUAUAAGCAGAGAUCGCUGAGGAAUAAGGAGGCCGAGAAAAGGAAGCGUGAAGAUGAUGGUUCGCGGAAGUCGAACAAGAAGCACCGUGGGAGCGGUGACAGCAAGAAAGGAUCGGAGUCGAGGAAGGAUGGGCAUAAUUCUGGUGAAAAGCCCAAGUGUAAAAUUUGCAAGAAGCAGCACUAUGGAAGGUGCAGACUGGAGUCAAACUCUCAGACUCAGUCAAAACCCUUUGCUUGUGGAAUUUUCAAGUCCACGGAUCACAAAACCCUGGAUUGCAAAAAGAUAAAAGACGCAACGUGCUACCGUUGCAAUGAAAAGGGGCACAUCAAGACCAACUGCCCAAAGUACAACAAGAAGCCUGAGGAGGCUAAGAAGACUAAUGCCAGAGUCUUCAGAAUGGACGCGAAAGAGGCUGUGCAGGACGAUAAUGUCAUAACAGGAUUUGAGAGUGUCGUCAUGUUAACUUUUGCACCUCUGAACGACCUCAUUAUGAAUCCCAAGACUCAAAUCAUAUUAAAAACACCUUGUGCAUGUUCAAGUUCAGUGAAUUAUAGCAAUGAAUGA